AUGGCGCGCCCUCGACGGAGUGCCGCGAUUGCGGCGCAUCGGGCCUUGGCAGUGGAUACACCGCCAUUGCCGACCAAACGCGGGCGGCAAACGACCACGUUUGACUCGGACUCGUCCCUGUCGGACCUGAGUGAGGAGGAGGCACCGCAGCCCGCGCCAAAACGCUCACGGACCAGGAAAACGGUUGAAUAUGCACCAGAUGUCUCAGAAACUAGUGACAGUGAGCUCUUCCAGGCUGUCCUCGCUGCCGAAGGACUGGACGAGGCAGCCGAGAACUGGGUCAUGGCAUUCCAGGCGGAAGCAUCCGAGGCUCUAGCUGACCUCAUCCGCUUUCUCCUGCGUCUUUGCGGGUGCAAUGCUACCGUGCCACAAGAAAAGGUCACAGACACGGAGCAAUUGGAUGCUCAGGUCGAGACCCUGCAGGACGAAGUGGCACAGCAUGCUCAGGCAGCUUACCCUAUCGUGUCGCGGGCCAAGCCCCUUCGAGGUGUUCGGAAACAUGCUGCCUACCUGGUUGAAAAGCUGCUAGAAGAUGCUGCAGAAGCAGAUAUCCUGGGCGAAGAAGACUUUCUUGACGUCUGGCAGCAGUGGCUCGUCGCAUUGUCCGUAUCGUCACUGCGCUCGUUCCGCCACACGGCCACAGUAGUGGCCCUCUGGACUAUCAGCGCACUUUCAGCCCAGCUGGAGCAGACCCGCGAGCAGUAUGAUGUGGCAGUCCGCCAGCGUGACGCCGAGGCCCAGCGGAGCAGCAGCAACCGCACCCGCCUAGCCCACACAGCAGAGAAGAUGGAGCAGCUCGAUGCUCUACGAGACACGCUCGAUGCCAACCUAGACGCACUCGUGAACCAGGUGUUUUCGCCACGCUCCCGCGACUUUGACGCUGCUAUCCGGCUUGAUUGCAUCGAGCAGUUGGGCUCCUGGAUGAGAGGAUUCCCCGGCCAGUACUUGCAAACGUUUUACUUUCGCCAUAUUGGUACAGCACUGUCCGACCCUGAUGUCCAUGUGCGACUACAGACGCUGCGUGCUGUGCAUAGCGUCUGCACAUCAGAUCGGGUCAUCCAACUUGUGCCGCUAGCAGAAGCCCACAAAGCACGUAUGGUCGAAAUGGCCCUGUAUGAUAUCGACUUGGCAGUGCGGACGACGGCCUUUUCUGUGCUAGAGUGUUUCAACGCACACGAAAUGCUCAGCAACGACGAUCGCGCAGCACUUGCAGUGCAUGUUUUUGAUCUCGAACCGCGGAUCCGUCUCGCUGCUGCGUCCUUCCUCAACGGCUUGCUUGAACACAAGGUGGCAUCUGCAUGUGAGUCGGGGCAAGAGUCCGAAUCCCAUAUACGCGUUCAGUGUCUUGUCUCACUCCUCGUACAGUAUGAUCAGGCUCUAGAGCACGACUCAGAGUCUCUCGAUGCCAUGGAUUUGGCCAUAGUCCAGCCAAGUCUGGGCCGCAAGUCUGUGGCGCUCGAAGCCCUCUGGGAGACGAAUGAGAAACUGCAUGCAUGGCAGCCUUAUCUGGAUGUACUCGUGGGAGACACGCAGACAGAGCUAACGGCCGAGGAGGAGGGUGCUGCGGUCGAGUUGCUGGCCAUGACAGUACGGCUCGUCAAGGAACACGACGAAGAGGCUUGGUCCGCAUGCAGCGUCGCUCUGGUGGACGCUCUACCGAAGCUACUGUCCAAGUACUCCGCCGAUGCACCGCGAAUGGCCGAUCUUCUUCAAAUCGUGCCCGCUAUGGACUUGGAAGUGUACCACGAAACGAGGGAUAUGGCAGCCUUUGAGUCGCUUUGGGAAGACCUCUGUGCAUAUUUCAAUCGCCAUAUGGAGCCCAAUGUACUGCAGCACGCGGCCUCUGCUAUUCACUUGUUGUCCGCUGCACCUGCCGCUAUGACGACAGCCUCAUCGCGCUUGUUAAGUCUCAAGGAAAGCGUGCUUAGUCGGCUGCAAGACACCUUGCAUCAGCGUCAGAUUGCCACAACCGUGUUCAGCGAAGAUGACGUGCACAAUUUGCAAGCAAGCCUUACCCGGCUCCAUGCGCUUCUCAAAACCAUGGAUGCCAGCCCUUUGCUUGAAGACGAGGCCCUCUGGGAGAGCGUUCUUGCCCUUGCCCGUCGCGGCCGUCUCGACUAUACAAAUGAGCUUCCCUUUGUUCGCCUAGCUCUCGAAUCACUUGCCCUGGAUGUUCUGUGGCGCACGAAAGAAGCCUUGUAUUCACCCGCGUCGAUGCCCAUCGUAUUAGAGCGUCGGGACGCUGUGCUGGAAGUUGCCCGUGUAUUUUUGGAGCAGGAAACGCAAGCUCAAAGUGCGGCCGUACAAGUCUGUCUAUUGCUGUAUACGCUCUUUGGCACGAUGCAAGACAGUGACGUGCAGCUGAUUUGUCCCCCGGACGUACAGCAGCGAUGUGCCUCCGUGGUGAGUCGCGAGUUGCACAACCUAGUGGAGCCCUUUCAUGAAUAUAACGCGCCUCGCGGCCGGAAGCAGCCUGUGGCAAGUGUUCCCCCUGCCCUGUUAGCCAAAGACUUGUACCUAAUCUCCCUCACGUCCACGUUGGUGGCCGCCAUCCGGGCAGGGGCGCUACAUAUUUCUCAUGCUGCGCCGGUUCUGGCUCACUACGCCUGGCUCAGUGCCGACUUUGACGCAUUGUGUCAUGAACUUGUUGCCGUAAUGCGUGACGAUGCUUUGCAUGCGGACCGUGCGUGGGCCGUGUGCGAAACGGUACUGGAAGCCCUCAAAGGCAGUUUUGUGCUUGUGCAGCAGUACAAGGAUGAGGCCAGUGAGACACAUUUCGUCGCUCUCGCGCGGCAACUGGCGAAUACGACAAUGAUCCGCGGGUCGGGCUUCUCUGUCGUCCAGGCCGUCGAGGCCAACGCUAUGGUGACCCUCCAUGUCGCUGCCAUGCAGCAAAUCAUCCAAAAUUGGCAGGCGGCAGAAGAAGAUCCUACGCCUGUUCUUGUUUUCUUUAAGGGCAUGGCCCAAUUGCUAGGCACCAUGACACCGGUGGAUGCGAUGAAGGUCCAUUCGACGUUGCACCAGCGCUUCGCUGCGGCCAAUAUCGUCCCAGUGCCUGGUGCCAAGGGUUGGGAUCCCUACCACAACUAUGAAAAGCGGCUCUUGCAUUUGGCUGCCAAGGACCCGAGCUUGGUGCAGGAAGCGGCUCAAUACAGUGUACCUACAUAG